UGGCUUAAGAAAUUGAUAAGAUGGCGGCCUCCAUCUCCACGAUGGCUUGCGAGCCAAGGUGCGCCGUCGAGUUGGGAUUUGUUGAAAAACGCGACGCAUGGACGCUAAGAAGCAAGUACUUUCCGAGCAAAGUAGGUGGAAAACCAGCUUGGCUUAACCUGAGUGAUGUCCCUAAUGGCAAACGUCUUGCUUGCCAAAACUGCGGUGAGCCAUGCGUUUUCCUUCUGCAAGUGUAUGCUCCGCGUGACGAUGUCGACUCUGCUUUUCACAGAACUUUGUCCGUAUUCGUCUGCGUUACUCCGGAUUGUGCUAAUAAGCACGGCACUGGCAGCUUUAUAGUGCUACGGUCUCAACUGCCGAAAGAAAAUUCGUUUUACAGCAGCGAACCGCCCGUGGAAUCCCCCGACACUUCGAACAGUCCGUCGGCAGAAGAUUUCUGCAAAAUCUGCGCUGUAUGCGGUGCACUGGGCGAUAAAACAUGCUCCAAAUGCCAUAGCCGUCACUACUGUUCUAAGUCUCACCAAAUAUUGGAUUGGAGAGACGGCCACAAGGCUCGCUGCAAUUCUCAGUGCAUCGACGGCUGCGAGAGGACUUUGGCUCCAUUGUUUCCCGAGUACGAACUGGUUACAGAGACAGAAGACGACGCUUGCGACGACGACGACAGUAAAACAGACGAAGAAAGGCUUGCAGACUACUGUAAAUAUUUGACCACACAUCCGGAGUGUUCGAGUGACGGUGGAGAUGUCGCAGACCUGAACAAGAUGGCGGCAACCUGUAAAGACAAGGCAUUCUGGAAGUUCAAGAAGACCAUUGCAAAAGCUCCUGAUCAAGUGUUACGCUACAGCUUGGGCGGUACGCCUCUCCUGGUUGCAAGUAGAGGUGGCCCUGAAAGUGUGCCUUGUUGUUCCUGCGGUUCAGAAAGACAGUUCGAAUUUCAGGUUUUGCCUCAAUUGCUGAACAGCAUUACAGAGCCUACAGUUGAUAGCUUGGACUGGGGAACAUUGUUAGUCUAUACGUGCAAGGCCUCCUGCGAUGGCGAACCGUACCAAGAAGAAUAUUUGUGGAAGCAAAAUUUCUCUGAGGAAUAGUUGUUUCAACCUUGCAUAAUUAAACACCUGUGUGUGGACU